AUGGCUGAAAAAACAUGCUGUUGCUGGUUAAGAAGCUUGGUGGGUUACACCAGCAUCCAAAACACAACAUAUGCUGGUGCGACAGGGUGGAGGGUGGGGCUGGGUCAUGAUUUUACACACCUGGCCCCUUAUCAGGCUAAUCAAGCUUCCCAGAGGGAUAAAGGCCGACUGCGGACAGUGGUGCGACAGAGAGAGAGAGCGUUUCCAUUGAACUGCUUUACACUGGUGCUGAAGACCCUGGAAGGAGGAGGGAUACGCCAUAGUGGAGUUCUCACCGCUACCAUCCAUCCCAAUGGAGCAGCCUCGACCAUCUGCCAGGUGACGGAGGAGCCCGGCCACCUGGAAGAAGAGGAAUGGCUGCCGACUGCGAGGGGAGAAGGGGCUCACUGCCGACCACCUGGAGCGGGAGAACCGCUGCCAGGGGCGGGGGAGACCCCUUCUGUUCCCAGAGAAUGCAGUGGGGCGUUCUAUCCACCAGGGGCUGGAGGACUGCCUCCGAUCAGCCCGGGGAGGCACGGUUGUCGUCCGUUAGAGGGUGGAGGAGUGGCCGAGGACCAAGCUACGCCAUAUCGCAGAACCGAUUCAGGAAUGGCGGGGAUAACCUGCCGGCAGUUGGGGCAUAAAGGCACUCCCUCCCCCAGGGAAAAUCAAGCCUCCCAGAGGGAUAAAGACCGACUGCAGACAGUGGUGCAACAGAGAGAGAGCGUUUACGGGCAGCUGUCCGUCCUAUGUGUGUGUUUGUGUCUUUUGGUUUUAGUUCUUUAUUAAAAAUAUUAUUUAUAUUGUCAAGCCUGUUCUCGCCUCCUCCUUUCCAUUGAACUGCUUUACAGCUGGUAAUCAACUAAGCUGGUCUUUUCUCCA